AUGGAGGACAGUCCACCAGAAAGAGCUAGUCUACCGACACCCUCUUCGGAAGAUGCGGCACCGUCUUCUACCGCACAGAAAAGGAAGCGCGGUUUCGCGACGCAAGCUGAGGACGUGGAAGACGAAGAUGACGACGGUGAAGAGGACGCCGAAUCCGAUGACCCAGAGAUGAAGAAGUUCACACGAUACUACGAUCCCAACCAGGAUCGCAAGAAAAGGCAACAAGUGAAGCGGAAGUCUCGGAAGUUAGAUCGAGAAAUCAUUGAAACACGAGACGAAAUCAUCCGCGAUCCGGAGCUAUUGGGACAGCACAUUCGCCGCGCCAACCACCUCUACAAGCAUGUCAAACAGACGGGCGACGCAACGGUGGAUGCCCAUAUUAUGGUCAAUCUGGCGGAUGCACUACACAAGAGCACCGCCCAGCUUAUCAAUGGAGAUGCGAGUACGGGCGUAGACGUCAACGAAUUCCUGGCCAAGGCUAUCAGUUACAUGAAGAAUGAGGGGCGAGUCGAUGCGUCAGUAUCUACACAGCAAGAACGACGGACUCAAGCACGGAAUGCAGCGGUGGCAGCGGCCGACGACGACGAUGAUGAUGAGGACGUGCAAGCCUUGGACUGGGAACUUCUUGGCGCCAACGCCUGCUUUCCCUAUAACAUGCGACCUGCAUGUCCAUCCUUCCUGCUUGGCCCACUAUCGGUCGAGAAGAGAGUUCGUGCUCAGACUCAACGUCGGGCAAGACAGAACAAGGACACCUCAAAGGAGGCUCGUCCGGAGGCUCUUACGCGCGAACCUGGCGCAGCUGAGGACGAGAACACACUCACGGCCAUCUGCCAACGCAUUCACAGACACAUGAACAAUCACAUCGACACGGCCGAAAAGGCCCUGGAGAGGCUGCAAGCGAGAGGGAUCGAGCCCGAUCAGAAGGCGUUUUGCAAGAAGUAUAGAAUCACUGAAGAAGGAGGGCCGGGACUAUUCGAUUAUGCCAUCAACCCAUGGAGCUUUGGAGAGACGGUAGAAAACUUCUUCUACAUCUCAUUCUUGAUUAAAGAGGGCGUUGUGGGAGUGAAGACAGGAGCAGAUGGCUUACCGAGUCUGUUGAUCGUGCAGCAGCCUGAGGGCGAAAACGAAGGCGAAGAAAGCACGGCACCUGCCAGGAAGAAAGAUGCAAUGAAGCACCAGGCCGUCUUCUCGCUCGAUUACGAGACUUGGCAGAAGUUGAUAGAGGCAUUUGACAUUACAGAGCCGAUGAUUGCGCAUCGUGGAGAUGACGAGGCGACGCAAGCUGCCGGUGCAUGGCGAGCGUGA